CUUCGUUUCUUCUCGCUUCAAUGGAUUCUCAGCACUAUCCCUUCUUCUGCUCCGACUUCAACGUCGACGGCGACGAUCAGCUCAUCAUCAACAAAUUCUCCGAGGAAGAGCUGUCGGAGAUCAUGCUGUCCCUCGUCGCAAAUCAUCAGCAGGAGAACUCUUCAUUAAUCUCGAUGACUCCCAUGAACGCCGCCGCCAUGGCCAUAUCAUCGUCGCCAUCUCUUCACGACAUUCUCAAUACGGCGUCGUCUUCGUCGUGUUCUUUUGAGUCUGAGCGCGGUUCACCCCUUCCACCGGCGGCUCGAUACGAUGGUGUUCAUCAUUCUUUUUCUCUUGACCGUGAUCACGAGGCGAUAUUGUUCAACAAUAUUGCGAGCGGGAUGAUGGAAAAUGUUGAUGGCGGAUCCAUAACGACGUCGUUUGACGCGGCUACUUGCUAUCGUGGCCAGCAGCCGGCGGCGGCGGCGGCUAAUUACGUACGUGCUCCAUCGGCUGCAGCAGUCGCCGAGGGGGUUAAUUAUUACGGGACGACGACGACGCAAUUAUGCAAUAAUAAUAAUGCGGACGUGAAGGUUGGGCAGUACACGGCGGAAGAGAGGAAGGACAGAAUCCUGAGGUAUUUGAAGAAGAGAAACCAAAGAAACUUCAACAAAACCAUCAAGUAUGCUUGCCGGAAAACGCUGGCCGACAGAAGAGUACGUGUGCGAGGGAGGUUCGCAAGGAACAGCAGCAGCGAGUUGUCCGAAGAAGACGUGGUCACGCAGCGGCGGCCAUCGGAAAACGACGGACACCAGCAUUACUAUCACCACCAUUACCAAGGUUAUUAUCUCCAGCAAGAGAAUAACCAAUCAUACAACGAAAACGAGGUCCAGCUGGUAGAUAAUAAAGCUGCCCUACAGAUGAUGAGGGAAGGUGGUGGUGGAGAAGAAGAAGAUCAAUGGCUGCAAGAGGCAAUGGCGAGUCUGCUGUAUACACCAUACAUUGCGGCUGGAUGACAUUAAUUAAUUAAGUACUAUACAUUCAUAUAACAAGGUUAAUUAUAUAUACGGCUAUAUAUCAAUAUUGGUGGUGGGUUAAUCAAUAGCUAGAUAGUUGCUUCUAAUUAAGUAGUUAAUUAUCAUUUCAUCGUCAUUUUGUAU